UUCCAGAUAAGCUAUCGUGUCUCGAGAGAACUGAUCAAACUAACAAACAAAAAGUGUGUUGCGUCGAGAACUACUGUGUUGGCUCACGUUCGGACAUCCGCACUUCAAAAGACGCAUGCGCCAGGGGACUCAGCGCUUUUCUCGUGACAAAACGCUCCACGAAGCGACGACGACCAGCAGCAGCAGUAGUAGCUCAGUUUGCUGUCCACAGGGGAAAGAGGCAGUAAUAUAUUACGAGGUACUUACUUGAAAAUGCGCGAGAUCAGUCGCAAGAGGACGGAUCUGCGUUGAUUUUUUGUAGUUUGUAGCCGGUUCGUGGUGAUUGUUUACGCUACGACGACCCCCCGCCAACAAGGACAUAUUGUGGACACAGUAAACAGGCACAGUUGAGUGAUUGGGUUAUUGGUGGUUUAAACUUUGUCAUCAAAGAAACACGUGCUUCGGAAGGUGGUGGACAUUGACGUCAGGCUGCACUUGCACUAAGGCGGUUUAUGUGAAACAGUGCAGAGGAAUAAACCGGUAAGGUGCAAUACAACACGAUGGGUAAAAUCGAAUGGGCACCCCUGAAUGUGCCCAUGAGGCGACGGCUCGAGACUCUUUCGACCGCCCUGUGGAUGUGGUUGAUUCUUUUCGGUGAGCUGGGAAUGCUUAUAUCUUACUUCCUGCUGCUGAUUUAUGGAAACUUGUUCAUCAAAACUCUCUGCGUAAUCUAUGGAUACUUCAUCUACACCGACCGGAAAGUCACAACAAACGGUGGCCGUGGACAAGGAGUAAAAUGGUGGCGAGAUCUGUUCUGGUGGAAGCUCUACCAGAGCUACUUCCCGGCGAAGCUGCACAAGACGGUUGAUCUUGAUCCUAACCGGAACUACCUAUUUGCCGCCUUCCCGCACGGUGUUUUAGGAUUGGGCGCCUUCAUCAACUUUGCCACCAACGCAACCGGCUUUCACGAGAAGUUCCCGAAAAUCCGGUCCCGUCCCGUGACGCUUAACUUCCACUUCGUGAUACCCUUCUUCCGGGAGAUCCUGCUAAGCUGGGGCCUCGUGUCCGCUAACCCGAACAGCAUUCUAAGCCUGCUGAAAGCAUCAAACAAACCCGACCAGCCGGUAAACGACGAUGGCUUCACCGCGAACGCUGUGGUGAUCGUUGUCGGUGGUGCGGCCGAAUCGUUGCACUGUCGCCCAAACAACUACACGCUGGUGCUGCGCAAACGGAAGGGCUUCUGCAAGCUGGCCAUCAAGGCCGGCACACCGAUCGUACCGGUGAUGACGUUCGGCGAGGUAGAUCUGUUCGAUCAGCCGCCAAACCCGCCCGGCUCGAAGUUGCGCCGGUUCCAGGAGUUUGUGAAGAAUACGACCGGCAUCGCGCCGGCUGCGUUUGUCGGGCGUGGAUUCUUCCAGUACAGUUACGGGCUAAUUCCACGCCGGAAGCCGCUGAACACUGUCGUUGGUGUUCCCGUGGAGGUGACUCAGAUCGACAACCCGACGAACGAGCAGGUGGACGAGGUGCACGAACGGUUCUGCCGCGAGUUGGACAACUUGUUCGAGAUCAACAAAGCACGCUUCAUUGCCGAUCACAAGAAUGUGAAGCUGGUGUUGGAGUAAAGACCCAUCCGGACAUACCCAAAACACCAAGCGUGUAUGCAGGACGUGGUCCAAAAGAGACAGAAACACACUACCGCGAUCCAUUGCCCAUCCUGCGCACACAGCUCUUACGCUGGCUGGCUGACAACAUUGGUAUUACAAAAGAGAAUGGCAUCGCCCAAAGAGUGACAGGAUUUGCAAGGAUCGAGACUGUAAAGCUGUAAAGACAAACAACCGUAACUCUUCGAUACCUAAGAACCAAUCUGGCCACAAAGGGCGGCCGGUGAUGAUAUAUAUGGCUGCCCGGUACGGGAGUCAAUUACUAGCGGAUAAGUAAACGAGCACUAGGCACAAACAUUCGGUGUGUUAGCAUUUAAAUCCCUCUAGGCGUAAUUGUAUCCUUUUUUGGGGUGUUGUUUCGUUUUUUUUCUAUUAUUUUUUUUCC